AUGGACUUCCCGGGUCAUUUCCAGCUCAUUUUCAAACAGCUCAACCAGCAGCGCCUCCACGCGCAGCUGUGCGACUGUGUGGUGAUGGUUGGAGGCCAGACCUUCAGGGCCCACGGCUCCAUCCUGGCCGCCUGCAGUUCUCACUUCAGGGCUCUCCUCGGCUCCAGUGAUGAGGGCCCAGGAGCUCAUAGAGAUGGGGCCCCCAUUGUGAUGGAGCUAGACCCAGAGGUUGUAACCCCAGAGGCCUUCUCCACCCUGCUGGACAUGAUCUACACCUCCACCCUCUCGUUGGGGGUCUCCAAUGUGAUGGAUGUGUUGUUGGCGGCGUCCCAUCUGCACCUCAACACUGUGGUCAAGGCUUGCAAGCUCCACUUGUCCAGGAAGAACUUCCCAACCUCAGCGCCUAAAGGGUGGAGGUCAGUGAAGCAGCAGGUCACAGUGGAGGACUCAGAUAACGAGGACGUAGUAGUGGAGGUGAGUCAGUCUGGUGGACAAGAAGGAGGCAACAGGAAGACGGCCCAAUCUUUGAGACAGAAGAGAAAAUCAAAUGAAGAGAGGCUUGAUGACAAGAAGAGAAUCUCCAGACUGCCUGAAGGGGCCUAUAAGGAGCAUUCACCGACUGUGACCAGGAGCACCGAGGAAGGAGGAGAUCCGUCAUCCCUGGACUGCAUGAAGAUGGCCGUCAGCUGGGAAAACCAAGACCAUGAAGAGGAGGAAAAGAAAUACAAAGCGACCAAGGGAGAGAUGGAGGAAAUCCAGCUGCCAACGCAGUCAGACAGCAGCCCGGGAGGAGCAGAGGUUUGGAAGAAGGGUGAAGAUGGAGACGCCGUGGUUAAAGUAAAAGUGGGAGAGGAAGAGCAGGACGAGUCGACGAUGGCCGCGAUCGAGAUAAAAAAGGAAACUCUUUGCUCGUUUACAUCCGAUUUAGACGCGUUGCCAAACGGUUCUCCUCCACCUUUGCUGCAAGACUGCGCGGGCAGUUUAGAGGCACAGGUGAGCGAUGAGAAAAAGGCCACAGCUGAGACCCACAGGGCCUCUGUGUGCACAGCUGCGCUGAGAGAAGCUGGAGAUUUGGGCGAGGACGCUGUAGAUGGUGAAGGCCUGGACAGCCUUUCUGAGCUGACCUUUUCCUGCUUCCUUAAUCCCUGCAGUGAAAGUGUGAUGGGGGCUCUGGGAGAAGAAGACAGCCUGGUUAGCCUCACAGCUGCUGCUACAGCCAGUGAUGCUCCUACAGAUGUUAGUCUAAGGAGUGAUAAGUCAGAAGAACCGGGCACGUCUUCGACCCAAUGCUCAGAUUCCUCCUCAUCUCUCGUUUUUCCAGUAACCUCGGUCCCCUUGCAGCAGCUCCUUCCAACUCAAAGCUCUGGUUUUAGCGACACCAUCAUCCUCCAGUCAACUCAGAACCCUUUGACAGGGUUCUUCCGACCAGGUCUGGACGCCUCCCUCGUCCAACCCUCCAGGCCUACGAAAAGCUCCGGAGCGACGGCAUUUCGUCGCAUCGCCCCUAAAAUAUCGCCGGGCUCAGAAGCCGGCACGGAUACUUCCUCUGCAGCGGAGCCCACAGACAGACCCACCCUGACCAGAGCUUCAGAGGACGUUUUGUCCAAGUGCAAGAAAGCAGCAGCUGAGGACCACGUGCUGCUGGUGGAAGGGGAGAAGAAGUACGCCUGCAAGAUCUGCUGCAAGACUUUCAUGAACUUGACGGACUGUAAAAAGCACAUCCGUGUGCACACCGGGGAGAAGCCCUAUCCCUGUCCAAAGUGUGGCAAACGCUUCAGCCAGUCCUCUCAUCUCUACAAACACUCGAAGAACAGCUGCAUGAGCUGGAGAGAGGACCAGCCUUUCCCCAACGCUCUGCUCUAGCAAAUAAACUCGACUAAAGACAAAAAUUUACCGAAUUUUUAAGAAAAAAAAAAUCAUAAAAUAGAUUUGUAUGUUUGUGUUUUAUGCUUACAUGAAAUCCAAGUGAACCAUGUUUGUAUUUUAUGAUCCUAUUAAAUUUAGGCAAUAAAAUAUAACUUAACGCAAGCGCAUUCAAAACUAGAGAAAUUGCAUUUUCUGCAAAAAUGCUAAUUGCUGAAUAAUUUGCUAAAAAACAGCUGAAGUUACAUAUGAAAUGUAGUUGAAAUGGACGAACAAACCUAAGUUAGCAGAAGAAAGCAGAACGAACACAUAUUUGCUGAAUUAUGAAUUAUGCUGCACCCA